CGGUUAGGAAGCAACUUUGAGGGUGCCUGUGGCGAAGAAUCACACGGAAGGUCCUGGGCAGCAGCAGCCUGGGAAGGAUUGCUCCGAUCCUUUCCUGCGGUGGGGUUUGAAGGGUUGCUGGAUCCAAAUCUCCAAACUAAGGGACGCUUGGGAUUUUUUUUUUUAAAAAAUACUGAUUUAUUGAUUUUGCCUGCAAGAAAUCUGCAAGGAGAUCUAGCCUGCAUAGAAACUGGAGACAUUCGUCCACUCUGUUCUAUGCGGAACGUUAACGCUGUGGGAUUAAAGGAACGGUUUUUCUCUCCAGUCGCAGCGGAGGGGUGUAUGUGGGGGGAGUCUGUGCGUGCUCUCCAGGCCAACCACUGCUUCGGUCUGCUUUCCCGCGGCGCCUUCCUCGCGCUCUCCUGCCUUGAUCUGAAAGCCUUCCCUGAAACGAGAACUCUUAUCUAGGACCCCUUCCCCCUCCCCAAGCGGCACUGGGAGGGGGGUCUGCCUGCCGCGGUGGGCACGUGCUUGCUUUCACUCCGGAGGAGCAGCUGCCGGGGCCGUGGCUCCGACCCCCGCCUUCCUUCCUUCCCUCCCCACGUGCGCGACCCGGCGCCAGGGACUGAGCAGCCUCCUCCCCUCCCCAUGCACUUGAUCGUGCGCCCGGACGCCUUUUCUUUUCCUCCUCCUCUUCCUUCUUUUGCUGCUCCUGUCCGGGACUGAACCGCCUCCUCCUUCCCCGGUGGAUGCCGCCGGGAAGCGGGCGGAGCGCGCAGCCGGGGAGGGGGGCUGCCGCGGCCGCCGGAGUACAUGCCAGUGCCCUCUCCUCCUCUUCUCACCAGAAUGCUUUACUUCCAGAUGGUGAUCAUGGCAGGGACUGUGAUGCUGGCUUAUUACUUCGAGUACACCGACACCUUCUCGGUCAACGUGCAGGGCUUCUUCUGCUACGAGAGCGCCUAUCGCAAACCUUACCCGGGCCCGGAGGAGAGCAGCGCGGUGCCCCCCGUGCUCCUCUACUCGCUGGCGGCGGGGGUGCCCGUUUUGGUGAUCAUUGUCGGAGAAACUGCAGUGUUUUGCUUACAGAUGGCCACACGGGAUUUUGAAAACCAAGAAAAAACAAUAUUAACUGGAGACUGUUGCUAUAUAAACCCACUGGUGCGCAGGACCGUCAGAUUCCUUGGCAUUUAUGCAUUUGGACUUUUUGCAACAGAUAUCUUUGUAAAUGCUGGACAAGUAGUGACUGGGAAUCUUGCACCACAUUUUCUUGCACUUUGCAAACCCAACUACACUGCUCUUGGAUGCCAGCAAUUUACACAGUUCAUCAGUGGUGCAGAGGCUUGCUCUGGAAACCCAGAGGUUAUCAUAAAAGCCAGAAAAACAUUUCCAUCCAAAGAGGCAGCUCUGAGUGUAUAUGCAGCGACGUAUCUGGCUAUGUAUAUCACCAACACGAUAAAGGCCAAAGGAACGAGACUGGCAAAACCGGUCCUUUGCUUGAGCUUAAUGUGCAUGGCAUUUCUUACUGGUAUCAACAGAGUAGCAGAAUAUCGAAAUCAUUGGUCAGACGUGAUAGCAGGAUUUCUAGUUGGUGUGUCUAUAGCAGUGUUUCUGGUUGUGUGUGUGAUAAAUAAUUUUAGAGGUAGACAACCAGAAAAUGAACAUUCUCACAUGGACAAUCUGGCCCAAAUGCCUAUCAUCAGCAUCCCUCGAGUAGAAAGUCCUUUAGAAAAGAACCACAUCACGGCCUUUGCAGAAGUCACAUGAUGUUGAAACGGAUGUCUAUUCGCUACAUUGGACGUCAUCUCUUUUCACAAUUCACUCAUAAUAACUGAAACAUUUUUUAAUAGAAAAGAAAAUCAAACUUUUAUCUGGUUUUACAACCUGAUUAGCAGCACUAAAAUUUACAUCAGCCUAUGAAGAAUAUGCCAGAAAUGUCAAAAAGUUAAGAAUAUUUUCUAACAGAAAGCAUUGCACCAUUUAGGGACUGAGGGCAUGGGGGGUAUUAGAAAAGUGUGAAUCUGCCCACAUUACAUAAAUAGAUCAUUUCCCCUUGCUGGGGAUAUUGUUUUUUUACCUAGUCAUGCAAGUAUCCAACGGCACACCAUUAUGUCUGGUUUUUCAUUAUUAUUUUUUUAAAUUUAGCAUGACACUUGUUCCCAUUCAAACAGAUUCCAGAGUAUACACAUUUUUUAAAGAAUUAACAUCCAGUACUAAAAUGCUGUUUGCACUUUGUAUUAUGCUGUAUUUCACAUAUCACAUUUAUAUCUUAAGACUGGUGCUUCUGCUUUUGAAGAAAAAUGCCAAUUUUUACUGUAAUAAGUAUAUUGUAUCAUAAUUUUAAAACACGUUAAUUUAUUUGGAUAUUUUCCUGACUUCAUGUGGUUGAAUAGUUGAUUUUGUAGUUCUUGAAUGUCUACAAUGUACCCUGUAAUUAGGAUUAGAAAUGAGAACAUUUAGGCAUUGGGAUAUCCUAUUAUUUUAGCGAUUAACAAUCUCUUACUGAAGGUUAAUGGCUCUGUUCUUAGGCCCAGCAUAUUUUUUUCAUUCAUAACAUAAAAGUAAAAUGAUUGCUGUUCAUUGAUAGUACUUGAAGGUUAAUGUGACAUAGCCAAAGGCCUGUUCUUCAAAACUGAUCUCAGAGCCUUUGAUCUGGCAUCAAGAGGGAGCAGUACACAGGAUCUGUUUGGCUCCCAGCCCAAGGGGACCUCACAUCCUUUUUCUCUGUUUUUGAGAUCUGACCUCAUACUUUGUGCUGAAGCAGUUGUCAGUGAGAUUUCCCCUUCAACACUAGAGAGUUAAGCUUUACAGGGCAAGGAGAAGGUUGGCCAACAUAGGGUCUCAGCAGCGGUCGAUAGAGUGGGCAAGAGUUCCUAACACUGGCACAUUCUUGCUGGAGCAAGGGGUUUCCCUGUACUUUUUACCAGUAGGUGGACUAGAACUGCCUUUGUUUGCCUCACACAGACUGCCAUGACCCUAAUAGUACCAAAUCAGUGUAAAUGGUCUGUAAGGACCGAAUGGUCAUUUUAAUACCUAAUGAAACCAUGUUCUAUUGUAGCAGUCUCCUUUCUCUCAGUCUGACUUCCUUACAUCUCCUCUCUUCCCUUUUCCAAAAAACGAAGGCUCUACUACUUGAGUCAGGUUGUAGCCCUAUUGUACUACAGGAGUAGAAAGACCAGUGCUCUGGAGCACUAAUUCCCAUUUUUACUGGAGGGGCCUCAGUAAAAGCUGAAUUUGGUCAGAAAAGGACUCACCACUUAGCCCCAAAGCCAUCCUUGUUGAUUUGUAGAACUCUCUAGCCUAGUUAGCUGUAUUGUUGACUCCAUCCCACAGUGUGAAGAGCACCAUUCUAGAGUGCUUAAGCCACUCUUGAAAAUGGGGUUUAGGCUCCCAAAUAAAAGGUCUUUCUACAUUGCCUUUCAAACACCAUAGCAACCAAAGUCAAACUAGGCUAUAUUACAUUCUGUAUAUGCCAGGAGGUUUCACAUUUGAAUUUCUCUAGUCUGGAAUGCUACAGGUGGUGGUGGGUGGGUACUCCUUUUUUUUAAGGACUCAUGAAAAAUGGUCUUGAAAAUGAUAAGAAGUUUAACCAAAGUACUAUCAACCUUCCAAUUAUUUAUUGUAUAUCUCAGGAAAUUAUUCAGAUAUGCCAGGAAAGUAUGUGACAAGAGAAUAGGGGGAUACACAAGAGAAGGUGGGAAAUGGGCCUAGUGAACAAUUUUGCACAUAUUCCUAUUUUUUUUAAUGCCACAAAGGAACAUAAAAUCCAAGCCAUCUUCAUAUCAUGUGCUCAAAACCAUGUGCUCUUCGCUCCUGCUGAAGUGAAAUUUGUACAGUAAUAGUACCGGCGAAAGUCCAAGGAAAAUGGCCCCUUCUUUGAUAUUCCCAUGUAAUUUAUGCUUUGCUCUGUUUCGCAAUAGGAGAUAAAACUGCAACAUAAAUAUUGUAUGGCUCAUGUACACAUGUCAAACAUUUAAUCAGAUGAAUGUGGCACUUUUUUUUUAAUUCCUAUGGCCAUUUUACAAUCUUCAGCACAGCAGGUUAAAUGCUGUUCUGACCAAUGGAAGACCCAAGCUAUAUGAUAAUCAGAAUUACAUGGCUUAGACUUUUUUCUAGAUUUUAUUUUUACACACUGUGGAUUGGUGGGGGCAGUUGUGCUGUUCAAUAUUCCCUCUUGUGUUUUGUCAUUUUUAAAACGAACCCUUCCUGAAUAUCUCAUACUAGCAUGCCAUACGAAGAAAGGCUAUAACAUAAUCUCUAACAUGCUAGUUUCCUGAGUGCAGGAUGGGUCAUUGUUGAUCUCAUUUUAUGUGAUCUCCCAACUUGCAGUGUGAACUAAUGAAGUCCUGCAAGCACUUGUAACGUGUGGUUCUGCUGAUCAUGUAGCUUGACUUGAAGUGCAUUAUAUUUCUUUCAGGGAUUGAAUACACCCAUCCAGCCCAUACAAUUGAUGGGAAUGACCAUGCAGCUUAAAUAACCAAUUUAGCUGUUAUGGGAGCAUUCUAAGAGAAAAGACAUAUCUUCUCUAGGUAUGAUACAAUUCCUACACUUCCGGUUGUGUGAGUUUGGGAUCAGAGGCGGCUGAUAUAUGGAUGUUUCCCAAAGAUUAUAUCAUACUAUGGACCCUUUAAAAAAAGAAGAAAAGCAUAUUUCUGAUAGUGCUUAUAAGAAGAAUCGAGCCCUUAACUAUGAAAGUGUAAUGUGUGUCACAAGCGUCGUUUCUUAGAGGAUCAGUUAUGUUUGAUAAAUCAUAGCAUAUCCCAUAUGCUCACCAUGCUUGGUAUGUUUAUGUUUCUUGGUCUAGCUGUUUAGGACCCACCUUAUGUAAAAAUGUUCACAAUGAGGAUUUCAGGGAAAUCCUUGGUUGGUCAUUGCAGUACAGCAAUUCUGCAGAUUUUAUAUCUGAUUCAUAAGUUCAGGAAGAGACUCUUUUAUGUUAAAAGAAAGACUAUUCUUUUUCAGCAUAUUGUCUUAUGUAAAUCAGCAUGUAACUGAGUCUGUCUCUCAGGAUUUAUAAACAGCCUAGUAUUUGGGUUAAAUUGAUCAUGUUAUCUUUGUGAAUCAGCAGUAACAGGGUGGGAAAGAGACACUGCUGUGUACUGUAUUUUUAAAUAAAGUAAUUUUUUUCAAGCAUAUAA